AUGUCGGGAUUCACCACCAAGGGCCGGCCGAUAGUCCCAUCGUUCGGCCUAUGGCGAACCGGCGGCAGCGAGGGUCCAUCAGACGCGUCGUCAAUCUCGCAGGUGUUUCGGGAGGCGGGUAAAAAAGCCAAGCAGGCGAAGCAGCAGCAGCAACUGGCGUUAGAACCGUACGAGGAUAGCGAGAAGACCGCUAUUAACGGACCUUUCUCCUCUUCUUCCUCCUCAUCGUCCUCUGCUGCUACCCACCCUUCCUCUGAUUCCCAUUCCUCUUCCGCGUCCCACCCCCCAGUACCAUCCCACCCUUCCACUGCGCCGUACCCUGCCAUAGACCCAUACCCUUCCGCAGCAGCCAACUCGUUCGUCCUGUCAAUACCGCUUCAAGCAGGACCUAAAAACGCCACACACUCGCCGACUUCUGAGUCGACUCAAAAAUCGCUUCAAGCAGGACCUAAGAAUGGCACCCAUUCUCCAACCUCUCAAGUCCACCCCACCGCACCCGAAUCAAGUCCGAUCCUUUCGCCUCGCCAUGCUCUCGCGUCGUCUCCCACGCGCCUCGAUCCCUCUAAAAACCCGACCUUGGAGUCGCACCCCGCCACGGCUCGCUCUCCGCACUCGUCGCCGCACCCUCCGGCGUUUUCAAUCAAAGCGACCGUCGCGUCGCUCGUGGGGAGCGUCAACCUGCUCAGCCUGAGCGACAGCUACGCUGCCGGCGACGCGUCGACAAUAUCCGCCGUGAUUCGCGACAAGAAGAAAAAAAUCCUGCAGGAGAAGCAGCAGCAGAAAGGGCUGCUGCUCCUCUCUCCCACACGCGAAGACCCGUCCCCUCCGGCGCCCUCAGGUGCUCCUCCAGGUGCUUAUUCAGGUGCCAUUCCCAGUAAAACCGAGCCUUCACCUGCGAGGGCUGUACCGGCUGCGGAGUCCCUUUCUCUGCUCAGCCUGAGCGACAGUUACGCCGCAGGCGACGCGUCGACGAUAUCGGCCGUGUUUCGCGACAAGAAAAAGAAGAUCCUGCAGGAGAAGCAGCAAAAGGGUUUCGCUCUCUCCCCCACUCGAGAGCCGGCUGCCGUUGAUGCUGCUCAAUCUUCUCAUGCUGAGACGGUUCAACGGUCAUCUGUUGAGGCUGCUCAACGGUCCCCCCCGCGAAACUCAUGGUCGGGAAACUUGAACGCCGUGCACCCGGAAACUCCAGCGGUAGUUCCCACCCAACCGGCCGUCGAUCUCUGGCCGUCUAGCUCGCCGGCCGCAGCAGCCGGGCCUGCGGGGGAGAACGUGUCGCUAGUCUUCUGGUCGAGGCAGCAGGAAGGGCACUCGGGGGAAGACGCCAAGACGGCGAAAUUCGGGGAGAGAAUCCGCAGAGUUUCAGGCGAGGGUGGGGGGGCUGCUGUGGGGAAUGCGGCGGAAGGAGCAGGGGUAGAGAGCGCAGGAGGGGGAGGAGGUGGAGGGGGAGAAGGCGAAUUUGAGGCGUCGUUUAGAGCGUCGCACCCGCCUCACUCCACGGCGCAUGGGACGGCGCAGGAAGGAGCGCAGAUGACGGGGGUAGGGGCGGCGCAGGCGGCGCAGGCGGCGGAGGGGGCGGAGGGGGCGGAGGGGGCGGAAGGGGCGGAAGGGGCGGAGGCACAGGCGGAGGAGAUUGACGAGGACGUGUUGCACGCGUGUGUGGAUCCCGCGUACGCGGACCCGCGGCGGCAGUUCAUGUCCAACCCCACGUGCUCUCUGGACGAGGCGUUUGACGCCAUCCUGCAGAACAUGGAUAGCGGCCCUCUGGGCGCUGACGCGCGAGCCACGGCUCAGGCUAGCCUGCAAUCACCGUUCGAGCAGCUAUUGGAGGGGAGUGAGUCUCCCAGGCUCUUCACACGUCCCUCUGGCUGGGCGUCUUCACCAGCUUCCACCCGUGCCAGCAAAAGCUAG